AUUACAUAUAUGUUGAAUAUAUCCUCAAUUUUACGCGAAAACAAGUCUGUGGUUAUAGUUAAAAAAGAGGAGGAAASACGCAAAGCAUCGACUCGGAAAACUAAACUUUAAAGGAGCCAAUUGGAUUUGAUUAGAGACGCUUGCAGUCGUGAGAAGUMAUUUUUAAAGACUGGACUUUAGUUUCUGGAUUUUGAUGAUUCAAAGGUGAUGUCAGAAGGGCUCAGCUUCACAAACAGUAUCUUGGAUCUUGUGUGAACAAGUAAAAUGACAAUCGUGAAUAGGAAUGGACAUUGAAGAAUCUAGCAAUCUAUGACUCUAAUUGUUUGCAAUUAGCUUUAAAUGAUGACGCCGGGCUAAUGGACUAGCGCCAUUCAAGUGCUAAAGACAAAGGAUUCCACUUAUAACUUAGAUGUGAAUGAUUUUAAAAAACAAACUAAAAAAAAUCACCUAAAAACGAUUGAAAAUCAGCAGUUAUAGACAUUCAAAGAAUAAUUUCCGAUUCAUAAAAUUUUAUAUUUCAAAUUGAAGAAGAAUCAUGCCGUUCACUGAAAAACAAAAACAUAUACCACUUAUAAAAACAUCAAGAGAGCUCAGCCUCAUAACAGCGAAACAGAAAGUCGACUGGCAACCAAAGACAGCUCAAAYCAAAGCMAGACAACAGAUUGGUUUCCAAAGUUUAUCAGACAAACUCUCUGGAGGUCUACAAUACUGGUACAAACAAAAACACAGCGGAGCCAUGAGACAUUACAAAGACUAUAUCUCAAACAAUCGCAAAAUGGGAGAAAGACUAUUCAGAGACAGUCGUUGUAGUGAUUGUGGUGGUUUUGUGAACGGAGAGUCAAAGUUUCGACUUUAUUUAGAUGACAGAUUAUACGAGGCAAAGUGCGGUUUUGGCCGUCAGUAUUGUGAYGUCAUAGGGCCKUGUGCCGAYUGCUCGUUAUURAAUCAAAGAAAUGCAAUAUUACACAGACAGGGKGUUGAAUUUCCUGAUAUAGAAGUUACUCCAAGACGAUUGGUAGCGCCAUUACUGGCUCAAGCUAUGCUYGAAACAACCAAUASRGAUUCAUCWUCUAUAGAGCUUUAUCGCCCAAGWAGUCCUWUUUACAAGCUACCGACCAUUUCACCCGAGACUUUGCGYUACAUGAGAAAAGCUACUGGRAGUUCAUCGCAGAGAAAGACACUGGUUCCUUGUGAAGAAGAUACUACAAAGAAGUACAUUGAAGUGAGACUUCCAAAAAUUUGACCUAUGAUGGUGGAAUCAUAGAAAAAUAAAUGUAUAAUCGAAAAAAAUCUGGUUGUAUAAAGGCUGGAUAGAGCUAUCCAAAUCAUUCAGUGGUCUACUUCUUCGAUUUUGUAUGGAUUUAAUCCGCUGGACUGACUGAUUCAUCCGAUGAAUAGCGUUAUCCCCCCCCUCCCCUUUAUACGACCGACCGCAGGUCUGCUUUAAGCGAUCGUUCUUUCUCUACUGCGACCGCAAUGUAUUUCAUCUAAUGACAAAGACUCCUUGUCAUGACAAUUGUCAGUUUGUACGAUUAAAGGUAAAAUAGAAAAAA